AUGAAGCUACGGGAGAGGGUCUCCCUCGCCUGCUCCUGUAUAGGCGUCAUCAUCACCCUCGCCCUAGUCCUAGAUCUACAGCUUGAUUUGGGUAUGUCUGGAGUUCGAUUGACGCCCGCGCAUGGAAGAGUUCGCCUCCCUGUCCCACAAGCAUUUAGGCGUAAGUACUUAGAGCGACCAAACUCUUCCGAAUCGUUUGGCGAGGUAGAAGAUGAAUUCAAAGACUUAGAAUUAAUCAUGGAAGACCCUUCCCUUGGCCAAGGAGUUGUACUACUCACAAUGGAACACAAGACGAAAAAUCCAACGAUUUCAGAGAAGCUGAAAACAAAAGAAUUGCGAAAUAUGACUGUUUUGGAUUACUUUCAUUAUGGUAUCUCUAAGUUGGAUUUAUACCGAGAAAAUGAUCCUAUCGUCCCACAACUUCUAAAAGAACUAGCUUCAACGAAAAUAGUGCAUGUUGAACAGAAAGCUGGUGGAACACAACUAAAACUGGUGAUUGACUACGCCAACAAAAUUCAAGCUCUUUUCAAACCAAUGAGAUUUCCUCGUGAGCAAGGAACUCUGCCAAACCACUUCUACUUUACAGAUUUUGAAAGACACACAGCUGAAAUAGCCACUUUUCAUUUAGACAGGUUACUGGGAUUCCGAAGAGCCAUGCCUGUAACGGGAAGAAUUUUGAACAUAACAUCAGAGAUUUAUGAAGUGGCCGACGAUGAGCUUCUCAAAACAUUUUUCGUUUCACCUUCCAAUAAUAAGUGUUUCCAUGGCAAAUGUAGUUAUUAUUGCGACACGGCACAUGCUAUAUGUGGGAACCCCGAUAAACUAGAGGGUUCUUUCGCCGCUUUCCUUCCGUCAAAGGAAAUGGCACCUAGAAAGGUUUGGAGACAUCCUUGGAGGAGAUCCUAUCAUAAGAGAAGGAAAGCUCAAUGGGAACAAGAAUCAGACUACUGUAACCUCGUCCGGGACAUUGCGCCAUACAAUAGUGGGCGAAGGUUGUUGGAUAUCAUCGACAUGUGUAUUCUCGACUUCCUAACCGGCAAUAUGGACCGCCACCACUACGAGACCUUCCGCCUCUUCGGGAAUGACACAUUCCUCCUUCACCUGGACCAUGGUAGAGGGUUUGGGUCGCACAGCCACGAUGAAAUGAGUAUCCUCGCACCGCUGCGGCAGUGUUGUAUCAUCAGGCACUCUACACUCCGCACAAUCCUCGGUUAUCACAAUGGUCCAAAAAAAUUGAGUGAGGUUAUGAGAAAUGCCCUUCUGUCAGAUCCAGUCGCACCAGUUUUGUUAGAGCCCCACUUAAAAGCCUUGGAUCGUAGGAUGGCCAUAAUUCUUCAAGAAGUGAGAACAUGCCUCAAGAGGUCUGGUGAACAAAAUGAAGAACUACCAAAUUAUCUGACUGCUACUGUUGAUGGUGAUUGA